CACACCAGUAACUGGAGGGGGAAGAGAUUUCUGAUCUGACUUCAUGUUGAUGUUUUUGACAAUUGUGAUUACUUCUUAAUACACUAGUUUUUAGUUUGACUUUCCAUUAAUAAUUCCUGAGUGACUGUAGAGAUGUCGGAGGAGAAACCAAUUAGUAGUGCUAGUACUAGUAGUAGUACUAAUAGUAGUACUAAUAGUACUAUGACAAAUACUAGUAUUAAUCUUAGUACAAGUACUAGUGGUAGUUCUACUGGUAGUACUGGAACUUUAUUAACAUUACCUCCACAAACUCCUCGAACUACUUCGGCAACUUCUUCUACUCAUAAACAUCAUCAAAGUAUUACUCCAUCAUUCACCUUUGGUUUAACAUUCCUGCCUUCAUUUCAAUUUCAAUCACCCAUUAAUACGGUAUCACCUCAAAAAUUCUUUAAUGUUACUAAUAAUCUUACUAAGGCAAUUACAAAGACUCCCUCACGAUUAUCAAAUAAUUUAAAUUCAAAUUCCAAUUCAACUUCAAAUUCAAGUCUUACACCAUCUCGUUUAAAUAAUAAAUUUAUGGAUUCUUUAAGGCGAACUAAAAGUCAAGCAAUUAUAAAGAAAUCUAAUAGUGAUGAGGAAUCUGAUAGUAUUCAUGAUCUUGAUGAUAGUUUAAGUUUAUUUUCUGGAUCCUUUGUUAAUGAUUCAAUCAAUGUUAGUGCUAGUCAUCCAAAUUUAAGUUCUUUAACUUCUAUUUAUGAAGAUGAAGAUAAUAAUAUUAAAUCUAAACCAGUAUCUGAAGAUAAAACCUUCUUAACUCCAAAUAAAUUAAUACUUAAGGAAACUCCAAAUAGAUCUAAUUCCGAACCGGGUUUAGCAUCAGCUCCUGCAUUAGUUCCAAUAAAACCCAAACCUAUGAACAAUUCAGAUAUAUCUAUCAAUGACACGAAUGAUUCUAAUUCUAUUAAUUCAGCUAAUUCUAAUCCAACUUAUAGUAUCAAAAAGAGAAAAUUAUCAUCUAUUGCAUCUCAAGGAAUUAAUGAUUCUCCAAAUAAUUCAAUUGCAUCUCAAAUUGAUUGUACAGUUGAUUCCCCUAUUCAAAGAAGAAAAUUUUCUAUUGAAUCAUCUAAUAUUAAUGAUAAUGGUGAUAAAGUUUGGUAUGAUGAAUUAGAUGAAGUAUUAAUUAAAUCAUUCUUAAAAUAUAGAAAUUUUAGAGAAAAUCAUAAAGGUUAUAAUUCUUCAUCUAUACUUAAAAAUACAUCACAAAAUAAAGUAUUAUCAAGAAUGAUUCUUAAUAAAACAGGUAUAUUAAGAACUUCUAAACAAAUAUCUUCAAGAUUAUUUCGAUUAUCUAAACUGAAUAAAUUAGAAAAGCAUAAAUUAAUUUCUUCAACAUCUACAGGAUUUGAUUCUUCUAUUGAAACUUCUUUAAAUGAUGAAAUUCUGGAAUUAAUUCAAACUCCAUUAGAUGAAUUAAUUUCAAAUAGUCAGUUAACUACUACUACUGGAACUAGUACAAGUUUACCUGAUGGAUCUCUUGAUUCAAUUAGAACAAAUGAAAUUAUUGAUCAAGAACUUUAUGCAUUAUUAUCUUCUCCUCCACCACCACCACCACCCACAGAAUCAAUUGAUGAUAAUUUAAAAUAUGUAUUAAUACCUAAUGAACUUAAAAUUCAAUUCAUUAAUAAUAUUCGUUCAUGUGAUAAUCAUAUAUUUACUAAUUUAAAUAAAGUUAAUCAAUCUAUAUCUUCUAUAAAGGAAUUAACUACAAAGUUUAAUGAUCAAAUUAUUCUGACUUUCUUACUUAAUAGACUUAAUCUGAAUAGAAUACCUAUUUGGCAUUUAGAUUAUGAUAUUAAUCUCAAUGUUAAUACUACUACCACCACCACUACUACUACUACUACUACUACCACCACCACUAAUAAUAAUAAUCAAAUAUUCACAUCUACCCCCAUUUCACCAUUCACUAAUCAACAACAACCACAAAUUAAUUUAUCAUCAUUAAAUUUAUUAAAUGGAUACUUUGAAUCAUUUAUGAAACUUGAUAUUGAAACUUGUAAUAUUAAUAUUAAUCAACAUAUGUUGAAUUGGAAAUUACAUACUAAAGUUUAUUCUCAUAAUAAAGAACAAUUAUUUGAAAAUGUAGAAAUGGUUAAUGCAUAUUCUGAUUUAAUUGGUAAGAAAUAUAAUUUACAAUUUCCAUUAUUAAAGAACUUUUUUGCUGGCUAUUUAAAUUUUUUAAUUAAUGGAUCAUUUAAAUCAGGAUUUGAUGAUUUAAAAAUUGUUCAUAUUUUGUAUAAUAAUCAUGGUGAUGAAAUUAAUUUUGAUCCAAUGAUUUCAACUAUUUAUGGUUAUUUUAUUCAUGAUAUUAAAUUCAAUCAAAAUGGUUCUAAAGGUGAAGUAAAUGUUAAUAUAAUUGAUAUAAGAGAUAAUGUUAAUGAUUUUAAUAAUUCUCAUAGUUCUCAAACUAUUGAAGUAGAAACCAAAAUAAAUCAUAAUCAUAAUCAUAAUCAUAAUCACAAUCAUGAUCAUGAUCCAGAUGAUGAUGAUAAUGAAACUAUUUUGGCGGAUUCUUCACCUUAUAAACCAUCACCUAGACAUUCAGAAAUUCAUGAUUCUCCUACCAAAAGACCAAACUUUCUAUCAAUUGAUAUGGAGAAAGUUAGAGCUUUAGGUAAUGUAACUGGACCUCAUACUGCUCCCAUAUAUAAUGCUGAAAUUGUUCAAAAAUAUAAUAAGAAUUUAUUAAUGCAACAAGAACAAUUAAGAAUCCAAAUUAAAAAUCAUCAACUUCAACAAGGUUAUGAUGGACCUGAUAAUGAACAACCACCACACUCUGCACCAGGUGGUACCCACCAAGGAUUUAUGAUACCUCCACAACUUCCACCACAACCUCCUAUUCCUGGUCCAGUUCAGCCUCAAGAGCAACAUUUCAUGCCUCCUAAUGUAAACCCACAAUUCAUGCAACAGUUCAUGCAACAGCAACAACAACAGCAACAACAGCAACAACAGCAGCAGCAACAACAACAACCAUUACUUGUGAAUCUAGGAAAUGGGUUUGUUCCUUUUGCUAGUUUACAUCCUAACUUACAGGAGCAAUUCAUUCAGAAUCAGAGGCAAUUGAUCCAAAAUCAAAACCAGCAGCAGCAACAACAGCAACAGCAACAGCAACAGAUUAUGUUCCAGCAACAACAGCAGCAACAUCUUCAGCAACAACAACAACAGAUAUUUAUUAAUGAAACCAGCACAAACAUGAACUCUAUGAGUAAUCAAUUCUAUAUGAAUACUCAACAGAACUUCAUACCACCACAAUCCCAGCAUAUGCCGCAAAUGCAACAAAUAGCACCGCAUCAAGAAAAGAUGCCCAUGAUCUCACGUAGUUCUUCUGGACCUGUUAUGACAUCCAAAGAAUCUAACAAAGAGAAUAUCAGACCAAAAGAAAUCAAGUUUGGACCAAUCUUGGAGUAUGACCCUUCCAAGGAUAAUAAAUCCAUUCAAUCUAAUAAAAACCUUAAAUCAACCAGUGGGAUUCAUAGAUUCCCCAUUAAUACUCCAGUUUCCAUGUAUAAGCCUAAAAAGAAAUAGACUGACUGACUGACUGGAUUCAUAAUUAGUAUAUAUAAUGUAUAGAUAUUAAUCUGGGAAACGAUAUAGUGUAAUAUAAUAUGACAUUCAGCAC